UUCAUUUUCACCCUAACUUUAACUUAUUAAAUAGCGUAGCGUGAAGCGAUUUCUCAGAUAAAAUAUAGAAACCACUCGAGCGUGUUAUUAGGGAAAUGACCGUGUAAUGUGCGACUGGACAGUUAACACGCAUGUAAUGUAGAUUAUCUUGGAUAUCACGUGAACACACGCUUCAGUUGUGUUGUGUAUGCGUGUUUUUAAUGUAUGUGCGGUAUGUUAAGAGUUUGUAAUCGUUAAGCACUUUAAAACUUUGAAAGUUGCAGUUACGUUUCUAAAGUUUAAUGCCGAGUCCGAUUUCGAUACGACACCGAAAACAAAGCACAUGCUUCCGUAAUGAAAAACGUGUACGUUAACGUUAGCUUUCGUGCUCAGGAAAAGGGGAAGUGCUGAAUUUAUUUUAUUGUUCAAACGAUAAUACCAACAAACAGACCAAAGUCAAGUGCAGCCACUUCUUCUGGUUUCGUGCUUGUAAAAAAAAAUCGGUUUGAUCUCAUUUACGCUUGUAAACAAUGCAUGGCGUCACGCGCGGUAACAGUUGUGACGCCAUCACGCUGCUUGCGGCAGGGCAGGUGUCUCAGAGACAGACAUCAUGUUCGAGGAGUCAGUGGCGUGUUUUCAGGCUCCAGGUCCCACUGUCACCUUCCAGCAUCUCACAUACUGCGUGCGGGAGCGAGAGGGAAUGUUCAGCCGGAAGUGGGUGGAAAAGCAGGUCCUCAAAGAUGUCAGUGGAAUCCUGAACCCUGGAAUGAAUGCUAUAAUGGGACCUACUGGAAGUGGAAAGACAUCACUUCUAGAUGUCAUCGCAGGACGGAAGGAUCCAAAGGGCUUACAAUCAGGUCGAGUUCUUGUGGACAACAACGUUGUGACCUCUGACCUCAGGCUCUGUUCUGCCUAUGUUGUUCAGAAUGAUAUUCUGACGGGCACUCUGACUGUAAGGGAGAACCUGGCUUUCUCAGCCAAUCUUCGUCUGUCAUUGAAAGAGUUUUCCUCAUCGGAUAAAGAGAUGAGGGUCAACUCCGUCAUACAGGAGCUCAGCCUUAAAGACUGCGCAGACACUAAGAUUGGGACGUUGUAUCUGCGUGGCGUUUCUGGUGGAGAGAAGAAGAGAUGCAGCAUCGGUAUGGAGCUCAUCACCUUCCCCUCUCUUCUGUUCCUGGACGAGCCCACCACAGGUCUGGAUGCCAACACUGCCAACUCCAUCAUGGAACUGUUGCAGAAGCUCUCCAAAAAGGGCAAGACCGUCAUCUUCUCCAUUCACCAGCCACGCUACUCCAUCUUCAGGCAGUUUGAUCACCUCGCACUCAUGAACAAAGGAGAAAUCAUCUACGCAGGGUCUGCAGACAAAGCCAUCGGCUACUUUGAAGACUUGGGUUACAAGUGUGAGCCGUUCAACAACCCAGCAGACUUCUUCCUGGAUGUUAUAAACGGAACCAUCCCGUCUCAAAAUCACACAGAGAAGUUAAGCAGCAGCGAUGCGACACAGGAACAUGAGAAUCAUCUCAGUGUGAAGUACAGACAGUCUCCCUAUUUUAUGAAAGUGAUAGACCAGCUUACACGGAUGUCAGAUGACCUGGAUCCUGAGGUCAAGACGGGUAACAGGGCCUGUUACGCUACACCUUUCUACUAUCAGCUUAUGUUAGUCAGCGGAAGAACUGUAAGAAACAUCUUGCGGAAUCCACAGACUUCCUAUGCACAAGUGUUCCUCAACAUUUUCUUUGGUAUUUUGGUGGGACUGAUCUACUACCAGAUUCCACACACGUUACCCGAGGCGCUUCAGAACAGAACAGGAGCGUUCUUCUUUCUGGUCAUCAACAUGGUGUUUGGCAAUCUGUCUGCAGUCGAGCUGUUUAUCAGUGAGAGAGUUCUCUUCAUUCAUGAAAACUCGAGCGGAUACUACCGCACAUCUGUGUACUUCAUGUCUAAGGUGUUCGCUGACCUCCUACCAAACCGCAUCCUUCCUGUAUUCAUUUUCUCUGCCAUCCCGUACUUCAUGAUGGGUCUGAAGCCGGAUGUGGAGGCUUUCUUUCUGUACUGUCUCACUAUGAGUCUGAUCAGUCUGUCAGCCGUGAGUCUGGCCUUUCUGGUCAGUGCCAGCGUUGGCUCCUUCGCCAUGGCUAACAUCCUCAUUGCUAUUCCAUUUGUCUUUAUGAUGGUGUUUGGCGGUUUCCUAGUCAAUCUGAAUUCAAUGUUGAGCUGGAUGUCAUGGCUUAAGUGGGCCAGUAUGUUCCGAUAUGGCUACAAUGCACUUGCUGUCAAUGAGUUGAAGGAUCAAGUCUUCACCAGUAACUUUACCACGAUGACUGGUGAAAUGUAUCUUGAUCGUCAGGAGAUAGACUACAGCACAUUGGGUUUCUGGCAGAAUCAGGUAGCUCUGGCAGGCAUCAUGUGCACGUGUUUGAUUCUUGCUUACGUGCAGCUACGGCGGAUCAAUCGAUGGAAGUGACAUUUUAAGCUAUACAGAUAUGCGUCAUAUAUUUACAGCCGAGUGUGCAAUCUGAAUCUUUAACCUCUACCUCUGAAUCGGCCUGUGGUGCUGUAAUGUGUGAAGUUUGUGGAAUGUUUUUUUUAGAUGUUUCAUUUUAUAUUUAAACUGUAAACUGAAUAUAGACGCUGAAGAUGCUAUGUUGUUAAAUCUAUGAGCUUUUUAUUUGGACUUAUAGAUUUGUUUUUAUAUUUUUGAGACGUAUCAAGCCAUUUCCAAUCCAUUACUGCCAAAAACAUUUGCAAUGUUUCAACGGGUUUUAGGUUAUAGACUAGCCCUAGACUAAAAUAAAUGUUUAAGUUGUCUAAACUGAGAACCGCUUCAACGGAAAUAUCUUGAAAUACAUCAGUGCCAUUGUUUCGUUUCAAAAUGCACACUCCUUUUUGUCAGGCAUGCUUGUAAAAGACUGUUUAAAUGUAGCAGUUUAACAAAGGGCUAAUCCUGUUUUAAUCCAAUCCCUGUCUGGGAAACCAGCCCCAAAUGAACAUGAUUGUAUCAAGGUAUGGUGCUAUAACUGAUUGCUGUUUUUAUUGACAAAUCACUUUUUAUAGUGAAGCACUGACAUCAAAUGAAUGUCGGAAGUCCACUCCACGUCGGUUGUGGUGCCUUUUCUCCUUUAUGUUUUUUAUAAGCAGCAAAACAAUUUCUCUACUAAAGCUUUAAACCUUAAACCAAACAGCAGCCAAAUAAAAAUCACUGGACACUAUGAAUUGUCGCAACAACUUAAAAAUGCUGUACAAAGUAGUGGACUAUCAUUGAUCAAUGUGAACAGACCUGGGGCCUGAAAUAAAUGCUUCAAAACUUUCCACACAAAAUGGGAUUUCCAAAAAUUUCUGUAAAUAUGCAUUUGCAAGCAUGACACUUAAAUAUAGGGAUAAAAUAUAGGCCCGGUUCCACAAACAAGGCUAAAGACAAGUCCCAGACUUAAAUGAAUGAUGAACCGGUCUCAACUGAAAAUAACCAUUGUUUUGUCUGAAGAUGCACACAAGGUAAUGUUUCUUUCGAAAAUAUUUUUAUAAAAGUGAGUCAAAUGUCCUAAUCCAACUAAGGCAUAGUCCUGGUUUAAACUAAGCAUUGUCUUUGAAACCAGGCCAUAGUGUUUAUUGCAGGAAGCCAUAGAUCUAAAUUUAUUGCAAGCUUUUUAAAUAUACAUUCUUGUUAAUUUAAGGAGAUGUAGAGAUCUGUGUCAUUUGCAUAAGGCUUAAACCAUGUAAACAAAGGUGGUAUAUAAAACAAAACCACAAAGAAAUGGAUUUAGGUCGGUUUAAUUUCAUUUGUUUAAAACAGAAGACAAUGUUCAAAGUGAAGCACAAGAUAAAACCGGAUCAUUAUUGAAAACAUUUAGUGAGCGAUGAAAGAUCAAUUAGUAUGAAGGUCAGAAGAGACAAGUCAGACUUUUCCCCAAAACUCAUUAAUAACAGACACAACAAUGACAAGUUAAAGAGAAUCAAUUACCAUUAGGAUCAAAAUGUUAUCCAUUAAAAAGUCAGUGGCCUCACAGGUGAUUUGUUCUCAGUUUACAUCAGUUCAAGAGGCAGGGAUAUCAGGGAGUCCGAAAACUGUCAAGACACAUUUCUGUCUCAUUCCUCAGACCCUUCUCAUCAUGAAGGCACCAACUACACUUCUCUCACAAGACUUUCUGUGCAUAUUUGAAGUUACAACUUACAUCUAAAACAACAUUUUAAAACUAAAAAAAAAAUCCCCUU